UCAGUUCAUUCCUAACUUCCGAGCGGUUUGGGCGCUUUCUCGAGUCUGUGUGUGCUUCCCCACGACGACGAUGCAGAAUUCAAUUGAUCUUCAGAUCUCCUGAUGUUGAAGUCAUUUGUUUUGGAAGCAAUUUCAUAAAUGCCCAAUUGUUUGUACCAGUUCUUUAUUGGGGAUGCAGCUCUUCCACAAUUAAUGACGUUGUGUGCUGUGUUUAAAUAAAAAAAAUCUUUGUAAACAGUGACGAAAAAUUUCGCGUGGUAUUAUAGCGAGUGUAAACAUCCUUCCAAAUCCUCAAUAUAAUAGUCAUUGAAUGUGGAAGAUGAAUAUUGAAAACAAUAUUUUCAUGGAUACAUUUAUCAGAUUCGUGAUAACGGACAGAACCUUUAAUCUCUCUAUCUGACCAGGGACAAAAGGAACCCCGUAGUGCAUAAUCCCUAGCUGACAAAUUGGAAUCAAGUACUUUGUCGUUCGUGAAAGGUUAAAAAAGUGAACAGCAUCCAUCCAUGGGAAGAAAGAGUGCGUGACAACAGUAUGUGAAAUCAAAACCAUUUCAAGCGAGCAAACGAGUGUUUAUGGACCCACCGAGCACCAAACAUCUAGGUGUAUUACUUCGACGAUUUUCAAACAUUGAAAAGAAAACUCCAUUCGGACUUGAAGUUCCGAUCCGACGAUUAACUGUGAAUCCGUUUUGUACAGCAAGCUGCCGGCAGCAACGCGGGAAAGGAACAAAAAGUUCGUUAAACAACACCGGUAUCUCCAAAAAGAUUUUUUGGUCCGUUGAAAUGGCAUAUCAUUAAUAUCCGAUGAAUAGCACACGAGUGGAAAAUGGUGAAGCAUAAGAGAUUCUUUUGCUUCCGACUGUUGAACAUUUGCUCUGUGUUCCACGCGUGGCCAGCGGUACGUGAGACCGCCAGCGGUCAAUUCAGCGGCAAUGCAGUGCAACGAAAGUCGAUUCAGCUGCUGCUGAUUCUGCUCGUGUACUUCAAUGGAUUUACGAACGGCAAGUGGUGGCGGGUGGCCGAUCUGUCGCUAGAUGUUAAGCACUUUCACCGGGAUAACCGCAGCUACGAUAUAUGCAACGAGAACACUUAUUUCACCCAGCACCAAAGGGAAAUCUGCUACAAUAAUCCGGAACUGUUGAAGGUUAUUGUGAACGCAGCGAACAUUGCCAAAUAUGAGUGUCAAAGCUAUUUUCAAAACAGCAGAUGGAAUUGUUCCGUCAAGGACGGAACGGAAAUAUUAUACGGCAAUCUUGACGAUAAAGGGAACCGCGAAACAGCAUAUUUGAGUGCAAUCAACUCGGCUUCCCUCGCUUGGACUAUCACCAGGUAUUGCACCAAAGGUGAACUAACUAUGUGCACAUGUGACCACAUACAACGCAAAAAGCACAGCAAAUGGACCUGGGGCGGAUGCUCUGAAGAUGUCAAUUACGGUAUCAAACAAUCGCGCCAGUUUAUCGACCCGCCGGAGGAUCGUACCACAAGCUUAGGUCUGAUGAGUCUGCACAAUAACGAGGCUGCUCGAAGAACCCUACGUGCUAAGAUGCAGAAAGUGUGCAAAUGUCACGGAAUGUCCGGAUCGUGCACCACUCGCGUCUGCUGGCGACGCUUACCGCCAAUGAAAUCGAUGGCAGACACAUUGGGAUCGAUGUUUGAUGCCGCAGCUCUAGUCAAACCGGUUGAGAACAAAGGUGUCAUUAAGAAGCUGAAAAGAAAGGACUCCCAGUACAAGAAAGUGAACAAAUCUGAUCUGGUAUACAUAUCCGAUUCACCCGAUUACUGCGAAGAAAACGAAAGCCUCGGAAUAUUCGGCACUAGAGGACGCUUCUGCAAUCGGACCUCCUACGACAUUGAAGGUUGCCGGCUGCUGUGCUGUGGCCGUGGAUACCAAACCCGAAUCCGGAAUGUCGAGGAGAAAUGCAACUGCAAGUUUGUUUGGUGCUGCUCGGUGAAGUGUGACACUUGUAGUGUUCGGAAAGACGAAUACAUUUGCAACUGAAGACGAACAACGAUAGACAAUUAUUUGUGCCGCCCAUCAAAUCACCAUCACCAUGCUAAAAAAUCAACCAACUGCAUAAGCGUGAAGCGAAAUUGAUCGAUGUAAGAUAUGCCAUUUGCGAUUAGAAUAAAUAUUCACACUCACAGUCAUUUUUGCAUCAUUUGAAAAUGCCAUUCGUUUGAAGCUUUUGUAUAUUUUCGAGAAAUAUUCGACAUCUAGUAUUUAAUGUAAGUCAGUUUAUGAAAUGUUCUCUUUGAAGGCAAUAUCCUGAGACGAAUUAAAUCAGCAACCGUUUCUGCAUACAUAAAACAUGCUAUUGCUGCUUGUUAAGGCUCAAUAUUUUCGAGAAAACGAAAAAGUAAUUGCAUUGUCUAGAUGUUUCCAGUAUUUUUAUAAUAAUUAAGCAAUAAGAGAACAUUUGCACUCUGUGAUUUCUUUUUGUUUUGUAGUAUUGAUUUUAUUUAACAAUCUAGUGGAAGUUUUAGCCGGUAAGUGUAUUGUGUAAGGAUAGUAGGUGAGCCAAUAAACCGAGUCGGUGAAAGGUGGUUUAUCGGUAACACCAAAUCAAAGAAAACAGAUAUCUUCAUCUCCUUCGAAAUAACAAUGCAAAUCGUAAACAGUGACAAGAUAUAACCAAAUAUGUCUUGCUGAAGGUUUUCUCUCUCGUGAAAUGAAUCCAAAGUAGUAUUUAGCCAUGAUGUAUAAAUCAGAUUAUUGUCUCUGAAUCUGACCAUUUGUAUAAGUAUAACAAGAAAUCAAUGAAUAAAUGAGAAAAUAAAGCUGAACGCACUCUGUAAUCAUGCUAACUGUUCGAGUUUGCUUUCUAUACACGAAUCCAAGUCUCUUGUGACUAAUUGCCCAAUAAUUCCCCAUUCGUUUUGUUAUUUCCCAGCGUAAUAAAUCAUUCAAAGUGAUUUCAACGAUGCGUAA